UGUCCUAUAGUGUUGAACAAUUCGCAGAGCCUUUCCCGGUUACCUUACAAGCAACUGACGAUAUGUCUUCAAAGUCAAGACAAAAGCAACCAGCGUUCAAGGGAAUUUCCGCUUCCGAUGAAAUGAAAUACAAAAGGAAAUACAGAGAACUGAAAAAGAAGAUCCGUGAAAUGGAAGAGGAAAAUGAAAAAUUGACACUCAAAUUAACUAAAGCAAAAAAGAAUAUACAACGAUUGCGGAUAGAGCGAAAUUUUCUGUUCGAUCGAUUAGAGCAAUCACAACCCACGAAUGAGUCUGAAUCAGAGCCAUCAUCUUCGCCACAAAGAGUGAUAGAUUCUGAGGAGGAAUUAUCUUCGGUGGGUAGUGAUGAUAAUGAUGAUAAUGGCAAACGUAGAAGACAAAAUAGGGACCCUAACGCGCCUAAACGACCAAGAAAUGCUUUCUUAAUGUAUUGUCAAAUGCAACGUGAACAAGCGAAAGAGGAAAACCAAAACAAAGGGUUUCAAGACGUUACUCGAAUUCUGAAAAGACAACGUUAUGAAAAAGAAAUGUCUACAUACGUUAGCACGUCAUUUCUUCAAUCUGACGGCACACAAAAUCUUGAUAUUGGAAGUAAUGUAGAUAAAUUGUCAAUGACAGGCCUUGGUUCUUCACCAUCAUCGUCGGUUUUAGCAGCAAAUGUUUCAGAGGUAUCAAAUAAUUUGCACCAUAAUCGGGAACAUUUUGUAGAUGAAAGCGAAAGAGGGAUAAAUUCGGACUAUGUUGAUGAUGAUCUAGAUUCUGUAAGCGAGGAAAUGGUCGAUGAAUUAGCAGCAGAUAGAGAUACAAACGGCUGGCUCGGUCCGGCUCACGGAUCAUGUUAG